AUGGCGCUUUCAGCUUCCCCGGUUCAGGAAGAAGAGCUGCUGCAGCCUGCAGCAGAGAGGCAGUUGAGGAACCAGCUCGCUGCAGCCGCGAGGAGCAUCAACUGGAGCUAUGCCCUCUUCUGGUCCAUUUCAGGCACCCAACCAGGGGUGCUGACGUGGACGGACGGGUUCUACAACGGCGAGGUGAAGACGCGGAAGAUCUCCAACUCCGUGGAGAUGACAGCCGAUCAGCUCGUGAUGCAGAGGAGUGAGCAGCUCCGGGAGUUGUACGAGGCCCUCCUGUCCGGCGAGUGCGACCGUCGCGCGGCGCCGGCGCGGCCGGUCGGCUCGCUGUCGCCGGAGGACCUCGGCGACACCGAGUGGUACUACGUGAUCUGCAUGACCUACGCCUUCCGGCCUGGCCAAGGGUUGCCGGGCAGGAGUUUUACGAGCAACGAGCAUGUCUGGCUGUGCAACGCGCACCUCGCCGGCAGCAAAGCCUUCCCCCGCGCGCUCCUGGCCAAGUCAAUCGUCUGCAUCCCGCUUAUGGGUGGUGUGCUUGAGCUGGGUACAACUGAUACGGUGCCGGAGGACCCGGACUUGGUCAGCCGAGCAACCGAAGCUUUCUUGGAGCCGCAAUGUCCGGUAUACUUGCAAGAGCCGAGCUCCAACCCGUCAGCAAACGAAGCCGGCGAGGCCGCAGACAUUGUUGUGUUCGAGGACCUCGGUCACAAUGCCAUGGAGACGAUGACUGCCGCCGGAAAUGAACCCGUCAGCCUGUUCAAUGCAAGCCUGGAGCACAUCACGAAGGAGAUCGACGACUUCUACAGCCUCUGCGAGGAAAUGGACGUGCGGCCACUACCGCUAGAGGAUAGCUUCAUCAUAGUGGACGGUUCUAAUUUCGAAGUCCCGUCGUCCCCGCAGCCACCGCCCCCGGGGGCUACUACUAACAACGCUGCCGACACCUCAAGCGCACUAGUUGACGGCUCUCGAGCGACCAGUUUCAUGGCUUGGACGAGGUCCUCGCAGUCGUGCUCCGAUGAAGCGGUAGCGGUGCUGGUCAUCGAAGAGCCGCAGAAAUUGCUGAAGAAAGUGGUGGCCGGCGGCGGAGCUACUAGGACCAACUGUGGUGGCGGCGGGGGCACGACGGUAACAGGGCAGGAAAUAAGUGGCAUCAAGAAUCACGUCAUGUCAGAGCGAAAGCGCCGGGAGAAGCUCAACGAGAUGUUCCUCAUUCUCAAGUCGUUGGUUCCGUCCAUUCAAAAGGUGAACAAAGUGUCGGUCCUCGCCGAAACGAUAGCCUACCUCAAGGAGCUUCAGCGAAGGGUACAAGAGCUGGAAUCCAGUAGGGAACUUCUGUCGCGCCCAUCCAACACAACAGAAAGGCCUACAACUACAAGGCCCCGUGGCAUUGGCAAUGAGAGUGUCAGGAAGAAACUCUCUGCGGGCUCCAAGAGGAAGAGCCCAGAGUUCGGCGGUGACGUGGAGAAGGAGCACGGCCAUCCCAGCUGGGUCCUCCCCAAGGACGGCACCAGCAACGUCACCAUCACCGUCUCGGACAGGGACGUGCUCCUGGAGGUGCAAUGCCGGUGGGAGGAGCUCCUGAUGACACGGGUGUUCGACGCCAUCAAGAGCCUCCACUUGGACGUUCACUCGGUUCAGGCUUCGGCACCAGAUGGCUUUAUGGGGCUCAAGAUACGAGCUCAGUUUGUUGGCUCCGGUGCCGUCGUGCCCGGGAUGAUCAGCGAGGCUCUUCGUAAAGCUAUAGGGAAUCGAUGA